GCAAAACUGAAUGGGGGAAUAGGACAAUGUUAUUUUGCAGCGUCGGCCAUUCCUGCAAACCUCUUCCAUGGCCUGUUUACGAUGAAAUGAUAUCGAUACUAGAAGUACGGUGGCGUAUAAGUGUACAUAAUGGCUACUGCGUCCGAACAAUCCCACCAAAUGCAGACAGCAAUCAAAUGCGACACAUGUGAAAAUAAUGCUAUACAUUUGUGUAGAACUUGUCAUGACCGGCUAUGUGAUAGAUGCAAAGAUAUCCAUUCCAAAAGCAAGGCCACCUUUGACCACGAUAUUGUUUUGUUAACUUUUGAAUCCCUGACUUUGUCCCCUGAAUGUCCUUCUUCAUACGUAUGCAAGUGGCAUCCCAAAUUUCGUGCAAGUAUUGGAUGUCAAAAAUGUAAGGUACCAGUUUGUGAGAAAUGUCUUAUUGGGGAGCAUAAUGGUCACAAUCUGAUUGAAUUUACUCAACUGUUUCAAUACAGGAAAGAGAAGCUUGAAGAGAAACUAUCCAAAGUUCGUUCUGAGCUUCCAAAAUAUGAAUCAAAUCUGGAGAAGGUCAGACAAAGGCAGAAAGAAGUGUCCGAAAACAAGGACAUGGUGAAAAAAGAAAUCGAAUAUCAUUACGAAAGUGUUGUUUCUACUCUUGAAGCGUAUAAACAACAAUUGUUGAACAGUGUUGAUGUGAAAACCGCAGCUGACCUUAGCUUACUGAAGGAUCAAGAAAAUGAUUUACAAACAUACAUAAAAAGUAUGUUAGAAUACAUAGCUAACAUUCAAAAUGAAGAUUUACAAGAGAAAUUAUCUUUCAUUUUAUAUAGCAUAUGCUCAACGGAUGAUAUUAUACCCCAAAAGUGCCCAUCAUUUUCAAGCCCUGGAAUGUUAACAUAUUCAAAAGGCUGCAUAGAGAAAUAUAUUAUGCGCAAAAUUUCUGGUUUUGUAUGCAAGGGUCCUAGAAAUACCAACCUUCUGCAAAAAGAAGCAGUUCAUGUAAUUAAGACUAUUCACCUGAACCGAGGACAAAUUAAAUCACUUUGUUUUGAUUCAGGGUUAUAUUGGGUUUUUUCAUCGAAUGAAAGUACUUAUAAGAAAUAUAAUGAGGAAGGCGUCUGUGUUGAUGAAAUUCAUGUUAGCAUCAAUCAAUUUAGAAACCAGCCAUUUUGCAUCGUUGACAGCGAAAGAGUAUGUGCAAUUUACAGGAAAGAUACUUUUAAACUGUACAUGUUGAAAGAUUCACAGCAUAAAUUAUUUAUCGACUUCGAAGAUAUGGGGAUCGCUUGUGUUUGCUUAACCAACGAUGGUGAAAUAUUGGUAGGAAUAGUUUAUUCAAAGGCCAAUUUUUUAGGAAUUGCUCGGUACAGUAUUGAGGGUGAACGCAAACAACUGUUGACACAUAUGAUGGAAAAUUGGACUCCAAAACCACUUUUGUCGGGUACCAACUUCCGUGUAUAUAUUGACAAAAAUGUCAAUGGGGACAUUUGUCUAUCAGGUGACACAGAUCUGAGUCAGGUUGUAAACGUUAUCAGUCAAAAUGGAAACUAUAGGUUUACUUACGAAGGCAAAGAAGCUUCUUUAUCUCAUUCGUUUUUACCUCGGGGGAUAUGUACCAAUGAGUUUGGUCAGAUUCUCAUUGCAGAUGAAAACAACCAUGGAAUCCAUGUCCUGGAUAAGGACGGUGGUUUUCUUACCAUGAUAACCAUUCCGGGCGAACCACAGGCUUGUCCAAUUUCUUUAUGCAUAGACCGCCAAAAUAACCUCUGUAUUGGCUGGGGAGAUGGUAAAAUAAGAAUCUUGAAAUAUCUAGAUUAGUCGUUGUUCAGUUUUAAAAUGUUCUUCUGAACAUGUAUACAUAUAGUACUGUUAAGUUUCGGUUAAUCUCUAACAAGACUUUUUUUUAUUGGUAAGCCUAAUGUUUUGACAGUUUCUACUAGAUGCAGUUUCGGUGGCAUUGUGUAAAUUUGAUAACUGAAUAUUUUUCACUUACUAUGUACAUUUAAAAUGAAUUUUAUCUUACGCAAUUUUUAUAUUAUUUUGUGUGCCAUUGUACAAUAUUUACAUCCACCAAGUAUUAUUCCCUCUAUUUCUUACGGAAACUUAUAGUUUAUUCAUAGCUCCAUAGAAACAGCCAGACUGAAAUCAACACGCCCCGUUUAUCGAUUGGUCGAAAUCUACGGCGGCUGAAACUGACAAGAAAGUGACAGGAUUGAAUUUGCCACGCCCUGUUUAUCGACUGGUCGAGACCUACAACUACCGAUGAAAAAUCACGGACUGCACGAACUAACCAUGAUGAUGUCAGAUUCGAAGUCUCACUGGAGACGAUUUGGCUGUUUCUUUUAACUAACGUACUUUUGUACAUUAACAGUAAUUUAGUGAAUUUUACUUACUUUUUACGCUCAAUUUAUUAAUAAGUUAAAAUAAAGAUGUUAAUAUAAACAAUAAAAUGCUCACUUUGAUGAUUCAUUUGGGUUAUGAAGGUAGCGAUCA